AUGCAAUUCUAUGUUUUCUUUCACUCGAAAUUAGAUUUGCUUGACAUAUGUGAAAGUGGACACUUUUUCCAGUGCAAGGAUCUAACUGCCACUUUUAAGGCUUUGCAAGUUUCUGAUGUUGAGAGAGACUUGGAUUUGACUACCACCACUGCCACUGCCACUGCCACUGCCACUGCCACUGCCACUGUUAUUCCCCACUGUUCCAGCUGUAAUAGAAUUGGUCACCAAUGGAGUAACAGCUUGCAGUGCCCUAACAACCAAAGGAACCGCAAUUUUGUCCCCAGCCAGUUAACUACCACUCACAACAUGGCCCAGCGUACUACCGCCUCUGCUACCAUUGUAACUGGAUCAAGUGCUGGAAAGGUGGUGCUUAUCCCCAGAAUCAAGCUGAAUCCAACUGGAUUGAUCAUGUCCAUUGAGUUCAAGCAAUGUCAAUUUCCAGUUUGCCUUGCCUUUGCCAUGACUAUCAACAAGUUCCAAGGCCAGAUCCUUGACAAAGUUGGUCUGUAUCUUCCCGACCAUGUCUUUGGUCAUGGGCAGUUGUAUGUCACUCUCUCUCAGGUCCAAACUCAGUAA